GAUGCUUCUAGCAAUUUAAGUGAUCUUUUGUGACAUGCGAUGAUUUACCAUUUUAAACGUGAAAAGGAGGAUAUUUAGUAUCUUUAUAGAUGUCAACAUGGACGGUACGAAUUCAGCAUAUAAAGACUACGAAUGGGCUAUUGAAUUAAAUCGGCUCAGUUUAACAUUGCUCGGUAUUUGGCCAGAGAACCACGAAACAAAGCAGAAAAAAUUAAUAUCGGACAUACGUGUGAUCAUUACAUUAAAUCUAAUUACCUGGAUCUGCCUUAUUCCAUCUUUACAUUCAUUGCUGAAGAUUUACGAUGACAUAAUGUCGACAAUCGAUAAUUUACAGUACACCUUGCCGCUUUUUAUGGCCAUGAUAAAAUUGUUCAUUAUUUGGCAAAAAAAAUAUGAUAUUCUACCUCUAUUAAAUAUGAUCAAAGACGAUUGGUUGAGACCAAAGACGUCAGAGGAAAGGAACGUUAUGAUAAAACAUGCGCGAAUCGCACGUAUUCUAACGAUAGUCGGUUACUUCGUAAUGUUACUAACUCUCAUCUUUGGCUUUGUUUUUCCCCUAUUUGGCUUUUCAAUCAGAUAUAGGACAAACAGAACAGACCCGGACAAGUCUUUGCCGAUUCAAACAUAUUACAUCUACGAUAAAGACAAGAGUCCAUUUUUCGAAAUAACGUAUAUUCUACAGAGUAUUUCAUUAGUACUGCUCGCCUUCAUGUAUUCUAGUCCGGACAGCUUCCUGAGUUUGCUAGUUUUUCAUGUGUGUGGUCAGCUGGAAAAUCUCAAGAAACGUGUAAUAGAUUUGGAUAAGUUUCAGGACUUCAGGAAUGUCCUAUCAUACAACGUUAGGAAUCAUAUACGUCUUAUCAGAUCUAUCAAUAUCAUUGACAAUGUGUUUACUAUAAUGCUGCUAGGAGCACUUAUUUAUUUUGGCAUAUUAUUCGCUUUUUACGGUUUUUUAUUUGGUACUAUGUUUAGUCAAGGUCGAAACCUUUCUGUUGCACGUUUAACUUUCAUCGUGAUAGUAUCUCUCAAUACAUUUAUGCAUAUGUGUCUCUACUGUGUUGUAGGUGAAAUUUUGCUUGCACAAUGCGAGGCAAUUUACGAUGCAGCAUACGAAUACAACUGGUACACAUUGGAACCGAAAGAAACGAAAAAUCUAUUGAUGAUAAUGAUUCGUGCCAACAAGCCGUUGUAUCUCACUGCGGGAAAAUUGUUUCCUAUGACUAUGGCAACAUUUUGUAACUUGUUAAAGACAUCAGGUGGUUAUAUAUCCGUGUUGCUGGCACAUCGGGAAUAAUAACAAACGACAUCUAGAAACUGAUAUUCGUAUCAAAAUUUUGAGGAAGAUAAUAGAUAACUAGAUUUAUUAUAAAAUCCAACAGUCUGACAAAUUAUAAAGAAACCAAAAAAAUCAGACAAAACUGCAAAUGAGAAAGAAUUCUUUUAAUUGAAUUUGGAUUUACGUGGCAAAAAUCAAUCUGUGCCAAGAAAUCCCCAGCAAGCACAUACGACUAAGUAGUAUAAACUUUUCAUGAAGUACAAUGAUAUUCUACAUAGAACAAUUUAUUAUUUUUACAUGAUUUAUCUGGAACUUACAGAUUUAUGCGCUCCAGCAAAUCAGGAUAAUAAGUGAUACUAUUUACCAAUGUGCACAGAAAUAUUAAGUCCAAUUAAACUUUACGAUCUUUAAUAUUAACAAAUUUAGAUCCUUUAAUAAACACUCAUAAUUCUGCAUAAAAAACCUCAUCUUUGUUUAUGCGAAUUAAAGCUAACUCAACGAAGAAAUUGGUACUGAAUCCUCUCAAAUCACAUUGAUUUGCAUGAUACGGUGCCCAGACAACUGACAACUGAGUCAAACUUUAGUUACGGUUUCACAAAGAUACAAUUCAAUAAUUGUAAACUAUUUACAUUUGUAAAAAAUUUAAAUGAACAAUUUACCAAGCCUAGUCUUUUAAACGUGGAACCCGUGAUAUAAUGGAUGUGUUAUUCAACGGUUAAGUCAUUACAGAAUAUCAUCCCUAGAUCUCGAAUAAAGUCAACGGCCGAGAGAGGAAUUUCGCACAGAACACUCAUGCAUUUCUUUUCCGAGAAGUUAUGCAAUCAUGAAUAAAUUCGUCAAUACAACGAGACAUCGAAAAAUAAAUAUAGAACUUCGGAAUAUGAUGUACCUAGUGUAUCGAAUAUUUUUAUAUAUUAAAAAUAUUUAAAUAUUAUAUGUAUCGAAUAUUUUUAAAUAUUAAAAUAAUACUAAUAUGUAUAUCUAUCAAUAUUAUACAUUGUUACUCAUGUAUCAUGUGUAUAUGCACAUGCUGAUAUAAAACUCUGAAAGGU